GACGUCACGAACCUGCCUAUGCUCUUGUUUUGGCAGCUUGUUUGGUUCUUCGCGGAAGCUCGUAUCAGUUCACAAAGAAGACGCUUUGUACGGGCACUCCAACAAAAAGCAACGAUGGUGUCAACUAAACAGUGACCUCUGCAAGCCGAUCUGGGGGGCUGGUGAGUUGUGUAUCAUCAUGGCAGAUGGGUGCAGCGAUGACGAUGUUAUUCUCCUGGCAAGCUUCAACGUCCACCGAAGCCAAGGCACCAGAGGCCGUCAGAGAGAGCUGAUCACCAUUUCCGAUGACUCUGAUGAGGAGCCUGUGCCUUUGGUACCUGUCAGUCCGGUUUUAGUGCCAGACGCUGCCGCCGAAGAUGAUGUCAGCAUACUGGAGCAGCGAGUUCCCGCACGCCGACUUGUUAUACGGCCGGCAGCGAAGUGGAGCGGGGCGUCGCGAAACCUCAUUGAAGUUGGUGGUCAACGUAGUGCAGCUUCUGGAGCACCGAAGGGAGACCCAGGCCCGCUCCCCUCUACCUCCAGAGAUGCUGCCUUCCACACGGCAGUCAAGAAGGAGGGCGCAACACAGCAGCAAAACGAUGUUAAACUGUUAGAGGUAAAGGCGGAGGGCAAAGCUCAAUCUACCUCCCUACCAGCUGUCACAUUUGGAGGACAUGCACAAGCACAAGUUGAGCCUAGCACAUCUGGACCUGCACUGGAGGGCUCUGCGGGACAUCCAGUGGAUGAGCCCCAGCCAAGUACUUCUAGCCUCACAGUUGGAAAAACACUGCCUGGCUCCUCCACAGUGAAUCAAGACAAGGCUUUUACCAGCAUGCAAGACAAUCCUCAGGCAAGUACUUCAUCUGCACAGGGUCCCUCACAGACGCAGCCCCGGCCCAGCACAUCUACAGAGCUUCAGCCAAGUAGGAACACAGCGUUAGUGCCCCAGCCUGUUCAGGUGAAGAGCAUGAACCUCUUCAUCCUUCCACAACAACCCAGCAUCCGGGCCUCCGCUCUGAUAACGCAGGCUCAGCAGCAGAGCCGGCCCACAGUCAGGACGCAGCCCGUCUUAUAUCCCACGCAGGGCAAUCUUAUUCAGAUUGAACCCAAACCCCUCGCCCAGGCCCCGACCCAGACUCUAGUCCAGCCCCCCCAGGGCCCUCAGAUGGCAAUUCACUCUGCUGUGCUAAUAGCUGCGGCCCCAGAGAGACUGGGACCUCCAGUGGUAGGUCAUCGGAUCAUGUUAGGGAGUCAGGCAGCCGGGAAGGCUGGUUUCAAUCCCUGGCCACAAGGUGGCGCCUCCAGCGCCCACACGAACUUCAAUCCUCCUGCUCUUCCAGCUCCCGCAUCUUCAGGUCCCCACAACAGAAUAGAAACUGCAGGCCCAAACCCAGAAAGGAUCAACCCAGCCCCUGGUCUGGUUGCGGUCCCUCCUGUUCCAGAGGACAUUCCCACAAUAGAAGAUGCAAGACCCGGUCCCUCUGUGCCACGAGAGAGGCCGGAGAUGCAACUCCACGUCAGGACCCUCAUCGCUGGUGUCUUGGAUCUCUUCCCAGACGUCCAAGAAGCCUAUGUAGCAGAACUCAUCCAAACUAAUAACCUGAAAGAUUUGAAUGCUAUAUGUAACCUGCUGUUGGAGAACCCAGAGUACCCAAAGACGGAGGCUGCGGCAGGUGCAAUAGCGCCCACCAGCAUCCUACUGGAGUCUGGAGACACUGACACAGAAUUAACAGAGGACCUGUUUGAUUACACCAUGCUGGGAACUGUGGGUCCAGUGGUCAUGAUGCAGGCAGCAGACUUGCUCAUGGCGGAUUUCCGGAUGAUCAGCUGUCAGGACAUCAAAUGGGCUCUCAGUGUCCUGAAGGGACAUUAUGCAAUCACACGCAAGGCCUUAUUUGAAGCAGUGAAGAAGUGGCAAGAUUCAGGCGACCCCUCAGGAAAGAGACGACGGAAAGGAUCAUCAUAUGAGCGCUGCUUCAUUGAUUUCCAUUUUGAACACGGCCAGCUGAAAUUUGACAAGAGGAUGUACUUCUUGGAGAAUGACCGCCGCUACUGCAGGACGUACAGCAAUCUGGAGGAUUCUUUAAAAAAGGAGGUCAUGUUCUUUCAGCAGAAGGCCAAGGAAUGGGCAGAGCAUGAGGAUUUCCUUCUCGCACUGCAAGUCAAUGAAGAUGAAUAUAAGAAGGAUGGUCAGCUGAUAGAGUGCGGCUGCUGCUAUGGGGAGUUUGCCUUUGAGAAAAUGACGCAGUGUUCAGACGGACACCUGUUCUGUAAAGAGUGCCUCGUCAAAUAUGCUCAGGAGGCUGUGUUUGGCACCGGGAAGUCACAGCUGAGCUGCAUGGAGGCGGGCUGCACGUGCUCCUACCCGGUGGCCGAACUGGAGAAGGUCCUGCCAGAGAACAUCCUUUGCAAAUAUUACGAGAGGCAGGCGGAGGAGGCCAUUGCGGCCACCUGCGCUGAUGAACUAGUGAGAUGUCCCUCUUGUAACUUCCCGGCCUUGCUGGACAAAGAAAUGUCUCUCUUCAGCUGCCCCAACCCUCGCUGCCGCAAGGAAAGCUGUCGGAAAUGUCACGUGCAAUGGAAGCUUCAUGCAGGGAAGACCUGCGAGCAAGUCCUGGAGAGAGACGAGAUCCGCAUGAGGGUGCUCUUUGAGGAGCGCAUGACGGCCGCCCGUGUCAGGAAGUGUGUCAAGUGUGGCACGGGCCUGGUCAAGUCAGAGGGCUGCAACCGCAUGUCGUGCCGCUGUGGGAGCUUCAUGUGCUACCUCUGCCGUGAGCCCAUCACUGGAUACAACCACUUCUGCCAGCACGCCCGUUCCCCGGGCGCCCCCUGUCGCCAUUGCCGCAAGUGUUCCUUGUGGACGGAUCCCACGAAAGAUGACGAGCGCAUCAUUCAGGAGAUCCAGAAGGAAGGAGAAGUGCAGCUGAAUAAGAAGUUUGCAGAUAAUUUGGGUAAGAGGCUGGGCCCUCCUGUAGAGGCCCCCGUCAAAGAGGCCAAGCGUCCACGUGUGGGUCCGCCCCCCGAAAACCCGCCUCCGCCGCCCCUGGUGCCCCCUCACCCCCAAGCGGUACAGGCUCCUCUCUUUGUGCCCCCGCAAGGCCCUUUCCAAGCUCUGCCCCUGUUUAUACCCCCGGCGCCUUACGUGCCGCCCCUGCCGCACAUCCCGCCUUUGAAUAACAACAACGACCAACACUACCAUCAUCAUCAUCACCACCACCAUCACAAUAACAAUCGCCACGGCAACCCUCCUCAGCCGCGGAACAUGGAGAUGAUGGACCUGCCCAUGCACUACGGGCCCGCCCACCGCUACUACAGACGCUUUUAACACACACACACACACACACACACACACACACACGGGGCUGUUUCAGAGCUGUCCUUCGCAUCCUAUGUUGUUUUCUAAUGAUAUUUAGCUCUCAUGUCACACAUGAUCACUCGUUCACAUGAAGAAACACCUGGCCUUCUCACACUGAAUGGGGGGGGCUCUCCCUCUUUUCGCCCUUUUGCCCCCUUCCUUUCAAACAAAAAAAAAGAGCAAGUUAAGAGACUUAGAAACAGUUGUUAGUACUGUUGUUAUUGCGGAUGUUUUCUGUACUGCAAAGAGUUGAGCAUUCCCUUCUGUACGUUUAUGAAACGUGUGCGAAGCCAUGCCCUUUUCUAAUAAAUUUUUGUUUUGUUCA